AUGGAGACAAAAGAGGAAGAAAAACCCGCAUUGCAGAGCGUUGAGCACUCGAGUGGAGGCAUUGAAGAUGCCGAUGCGGCGUUGCAUCAACAAUUCGCAGAGGCAGACUCAGCAUGGCACCAAGCCAUGAGCAAGAAACUACUCAGGAAGGUGGAUGGACAUCUGCUUCCGCUGCUUGUCCUGAUGUACCUGUUGAACUUUCUGGACCGCAACAACCUAUCCCAAGCUCGAAUAGGCACCCUAGAAAAAGAUCUCGGCAUGACGGGGACGGACUUCAACCUCGCGACCAGUAUACUCUUCGUCGGAUACUUGCUCAUGCAACUGCCCUCAAAUCUGAUCCUUACUCGAGUCCGGCCGUCGAUAUAUCUCGGGGGCGCUAUGAUGAUAUGGGGUGCUAUCUCCGCUGCCCAAGCCGGCACCCAGUCCUUCGGCGGCCUAAUCGCCUGCCGCUUUAUGCUCGGGUUUGCCGAGGCGCCGUUUUUCCCGGGGGGCGUGUUUUUGAUGAGUUCCUGGUACACGCGUCAGGAGCUGGCCCAUCGAAUCGCUUGGUUCUAUGCCGGGUCGUCGUUGGCCAAUGCGUUUGGGGGUCUGCUUGGGGCUGGAGUGUUGGGAGGUUUGAGUGGUGCUAGGGGGAUUGCUGGAUGGAGAUGGCUUUUCAUUAUCGAAGGCACCCUAACGAUAGCCUCCUCCCUCCUCUCCCUCUUCAUCCUCCCCAACUAUCCCUCUACAACCACCUGGCUCACCCCCCACGAACGCCUCUACGCCUCCUGGCGUCUCACAGCCGACACAGGCGGCGAACCCGACCGCGCCGACUCCUCAACCCUCAAACACGGCGUCCUCCUCGCCCUCAAAGACCCGAGACUCUAUCUCUUCACGGUCCUCCAGCACGCCUCCCUCCUCUCUCAAACCUUCCAGUUCUUCUUCCCUACCAUCGUCCAAACCCUCGGCUACGCCACCGUGCCCACCCUACUCAUCACCGCGCCCGUCUGGGUAGUUACGUUCCUCGUGUCCCUGAUCGUGACAUAUAUCAGCGGUAGGACGGGGGAAAGGAGCCUGCAUGUCAUUGGCUUGAUGACGGUUUCCGUCAUCGGGAAUGUGAUAGCUGCCUGCACGCUCAACACAGGGGCUAGGCUCUUCGCCAUGUUCCUCAUGCCCAUGGGCGCUGUGCCCGCGUACCAGAUUAUAUUGGCCUGGGUGGCGAAUAGCUUUCCCCGCCCGAUGGUGAAACGAAGCGUGUGUGUUAGUUUCGCGAAUAUGAUUGGGAACUGUGCGAAUAUAUAUGGGCCGUACAUGUACCCGGCGACGGACGGGCCCAGGUAUUUGGCGGGAGGGGUGGGGACGGCGGCUGCGGCGGUGUUGGUUAUGGGGUUGGCGGGGUUGGCGAGGUUGGUCUUGGCGAGGGAGAAUAGAAGGUUGGAGGCUAGGGAGAGAGCGACGGGGGAUGAGGGGCACGCGGUGGGGAAUGAUGAGAAGGCCGUGGGGUUUAGGUACGUGUUGUAGUCUGGACCGACCUUAUUAGUUGUGGACGGCGUGUAGAAAGCUUGCGCGCCAGCUAUUUAGGUGGAAGCCGGUAAAGCCCAAUGAAAAGGGAGGCCUCGAAAUCCCGAAAUGUCAUGAAAGACCAUAUCGCACUGCCCAUCUGCAUCUCGCUGAACCGGUUCCUAUGCCGCACUUCCAACCCA